AUGAAGUCCAAUGUGCAGCUGCGGAGGGAUGACUCCGAUGAUGAGGUGCCCAUAGCUGCUACCAUGCUUGUUGGUUUUUUGGAUAUGGAUUCAUCCUCCCAGACCGUCCCACCAUCUGAGCUGGAGGUCAACUAUUCACAGAUCAUGGAGGCACUUGCUGCCAUUCAGGGGGGAAUGAGUGCUAUGCAGCUGAUUUCCAACUGUGUUUCUUCUUCUUGGUUCUCUGUGGUUAUGAAUGGCACUUCUAAAGGUUUUUUAAAGCCUGGUAGGGGUCUUCGCCAGGGGGAUCCUUUAUCCCCUUAUUUAUUUAUUUUGGUGGAGGAGGUGUUUUCAAGAUUGUUGCGGAAGAAAGUUCAGGAUGGGACUAUUGGAUAUUAUUUGCAGCCUAGAAAGGGCCCGUUAAUAUCCCAUUUGCUUUAUGCGAAUGAUAUGGUUAUUUUUUCGACUGGUAGAAAGAAAGAUGUGAGGAGCAUUUUAGAAGUUCUUGAUAUCUAUGCCCAGUGGUCUAGUCAAGUGGUCAACGCCUCGAAGUCAUCUAUAUUUUUCUCCAACCGUUUACCAGAUUCUAGGCGUCAGGAGCUGAUUAGAGUAUCUGGUUUUUCGAUGGGGAUUUUCCCAACGCGAUAUUUGGGGGUUCCCAUUUUCUCUGGUAGGGUUAAAUCUUGGUAUUUUGAUGACUUGUUGGUUAAAAUUUCUAAAACAAUUGAGGGUUGGAAGAUGAGAUAUCUUUCUGCUGGUGCCAGAUUACUUCUGAUUAAGCACGUUCUUUCAAGUUGGCUGGGUUCGUCUGAAGGAAGGCCAAAGAGGAAAUGGGUGAGUUGGGAAUCUGUUUGCAGGCCCGUGGAUGAAGGCGGGGCAUGGGGAUCAGAAAUAUUAUGGAUGUCUACAGCUCCCUUCAAUCCAAAUUUGCCUGGAAAUUCCUCUCGGAGGAUACCUUAUGGUCACAUUUCUUUAAAGCCAAGCUCUAGAUUUUGGAAAAUGCUUAUUAAAGCAGUUCCCCUGGUUAUUGACAAAUCCGUAUGGAGUGUGAAAGACGGGAACCUAUCAUUUUGGCGGGAUAAGUGGAUGGAGUCGGGUCCUAUAUGUCAGAAUGUUCAGAUAUCUGAUUUGCCUUUCUUAAAAAUGAAAGAUUGCAUGGUGGAACAUAGUUGGGAUGUGGACUUGGUUGUUCAGUUAGUGGGUCAAGAGGUUGUUGAGGAUAUUUUCUCUCAGAUUGAUGGCACUUAA